UGCUUUGCUGUCAGUGUCGGUGCACGUAUCAGUGAAACAGGAGGGCAAGAAGCCAGAAAGAAGAGGAAGAUCGAAUUACUGCGACCCGCACUGCUCGCUCAGACCUUCAGAACACAACCUAGUCGGCCGCAAUACAUGUCCGCGAAGAAAACACCACAGCCACAGCCACGGGUGCCACGGCUGCUCCCGCUGCGACCUGAAAAUAUUAGGUCUGAAGUCGAAGAGAUCUUCAAGAAGCUCCAGUGUCAGAAAGGAGUGCUGGGAGUCGUGGUGGCUAACAAUGAAGGGGUACCAAUCAAGACAACGCUCGACAGUGCUACCACGUCCCAGUAUGCCAGUCUGAUCACUCAGCUGUGUGACCAGGCACGGACCACCCUGCGCGACCUCGACCCUGGCAAUGACCUCACAUUCCUGCGGAUGCGAACCAAGAAGCAUGAAAUCAUGAUUUCGCCAGAUAAAAACUACAUUCUGAUCGUGCUUCACAACCCCACAGGAUGAAAGUACUCAUUGCACCCAAGCAGAGCACGAUGGUUUUUAUCAAAUUUAUUUUAUGGACCCUUCUUUUUAGUGAGGCACUCUCGGUAAGGACGAUACACAACCAGAACAGGAAUAAAAUGUAAAAAAAACUUGA